AGGCCCAAGUCCAUCACCAAAUCGUUCGCAAAACGCAACCCAGCAAUCGACGGUUUCUCUCCGGUUCCGUCGUCGGUAUUCUCUCCGGUGCCGGCUUCGAACCGGCAUCGAAUUUCUCUCCGGUGCCGUCGUCGCAUUUCACUCUAGUGCCGUCUUCGAGUUCCACUCCAGUGCCGUCUUCGAAUUUCCUCCGGUGCUUCGAUUUGAUCAGCAGAAACCUAAGAGCAUCAAUGGAAGAGGCAGCUGAAAGGUUAAGGCAAUUUCUCCUGACAUCAGCAAACAGUCUCGGGAUAAAAGAUGAUUGGAUAAUUCCAUGUGCUGACUUACUAGAAAUAGUUGCCAAAGAACGAGAUGGUCUUCACAACUAUAUCAAGUUCAAGUGUGUUGCAACGUCCGAUAGUCCAAGUCUGUUUUAUGGUUUGGUGUUUACUAAAGCACCUCUUGAUGAGAACAUGCCAGCGCUUAUAAUUCCAACAAAUCUUUUAGUAUGGGAAGGAUCUUUGGAUAUGGACAAGGAGGACAAAAGCGCUGUGUCUGAAACUUAUACACUGCUAGACCAGUAUCCGGUCAACGUGGUGAUGGUAGAGGGUUCCAUAUCGGAGGAAUACAAAGGCUAUUUUCUCUCCCGGGAGAUUACGGCGGUUCAAAAUAUGAAACGUCGUCUUCAGAGAUAUCCUAGUCUUGGAUAUUCGUGCACAGCGCUUCGAUGUGAAAAGACAAUUGAAAGUCUGAAUGAUCCCAUUAACGAGAAGCCUCUAAUGUUUUUGGACGGUUGCGGAAGCUUAACGAUUUUGCUAAAAGGUAGCUCCACUGCCGAAUUAAAACUGAUGAAACGGAUGCUGAAAACAGGGUACAAUCAGUUUCGAAACGAGCUCCUUUCAUCGGACUAUUUCUUAGUGGCAUUGCCACCUUCAAAGAUCAUACCAUGGGAAAUGGAUGGAGGCCAAGACGAAGUAGUAACAAUCCGUGAAGAAGAAGUAUCAAGCUAUAUUGCUUAUUCCCUUCAACAAGUCCACGAUGAAUCUUCGGAGUCCAGGCCCAAGUCUUCCGUCUUCUGUCAACAUCGAGACAGUUUUCAUGAGCUGAGAAGCAAGUGCAACAUGACAGAAUCUCAGUACAUUUCCUCAUUGAGCAGGUGCGACACGUGGGAGGCUAAAGGCGGGAAGAGCGGAGCUCUUUUUGCCAAGAGCCGAGACACAAGAUUGAUCAUCAAGGAGAUCAACCAAGCUGAGUUUGAGUCGUUUGCGAAGUUUGGUCCAAUGUAUUUCGAAUACAUGAAGGAAGCGAAUAAGACAUUUCUGACCAAAAUCUAUGGCGUAUAUAAGGUGACUUUGGGUCAGGCAAAGUUCUUGAUGGUGAUGGAAAACUUGAAUUUCGACAGGAGAAUAGCGAUGCAGUACGACCUCAAAGGGUUGGUACAUGGCCGCUUAGCACCUGACUCGGCUCAAGUUCGUCUAGAUCAGAACUUCCUGAAUGAUAUGAAGAGAUUAAGACUGCAUCUGAACCCGUACCUAAAACAAGAUUUGCAAACAGUUAUCAGGAAUGACACAGCAUUCCUAAGUGGGAUAAAUGUGAUGGAUUAUUCAUUGUUGGUGGGAGUGGACAUGGAAAAUCAUGAACUUGUUUGCGGAAUCAUAGAUUACUUAGCGCCAUACUCACUGAAGAAGAAGCUCGAGACGGUUGGUAAAUCAUUGCUUUUGCUUGGCAAAGAGACGCGACCAACCGUGAUAAGGCCAAGCGAAUACAAAAAGAGAUUUGUAGAUUUCAUGGUUAAGCAAUUUUUGGGGGAGAUUGACCUGAGAACAAAAGUGAAGGAGCUGGAGCAGCAACUGCGUAAAGAGCGAGAUGCAAGGUUAGAUGCGGAGAAAAGGUUGGAGGAAUUGAACAAGAAGAAACCCAUAAGAUCCAGAAGCUUCUGACGGGAGAGCUGCAACUCCAUUCUUUUCAUGCAAAGCUGUGAAUAUGAUUUUCUUUUCUGUGGCUCCACGAUCUAUGUGAGGAUUUAGCAUUGUGCUCUGCGUAGUGGAAGGUUAUUCCCUUUAGUACAGCUUUAGUAAUGAGGCACAUUCCAGUUACAAACGUUUUCGACUUUUUCAAUAUCGGAAAUUUGUAUAGAUAGCAGUUGAAUCAUUGACCUGCUUUAGGAGACUUUGCAAUGAACUCCAUGUCUUUGAACCAAAAAGAGUAUAUGGUGAUAAAUUUCUAGCA